AUGAACAAUUUUUCACAAUCUUCGGGCCUGUAUUCCGUUCUGAACAGGUUGGAGCAACCCGAAAAUAGGCAAAACACUACCGAUGCGGUGAACGAAGUGCGAAACUUAAACUAUGAACUUUACACGUCAACUUUACAAGCUAACAAUGAAAGACUAUCGGCUUUCGUCUUAAGCGAGGGUUUGGAGAAGUAUCAGAGCCUAAUGAUAAAUCCGGAAGGAGUCAAUAACUACUGCGAUGAUGUCUGCGAAAUGAUUAACCGACAACCUCUCGAGAUUGCUGGUCUCGAUUACGAACGGAGUGAAACGGCUUUGGAUGAUCCACUUUCGUAUAUCCGCAAAACGGAGUGCCGCGGGCAGUACGAAAACUGUUGUUUCGACGAAAUUUCUAUCGAUAGUUUGUCAGGCAUGAUGGUUGGCAAGCCGCUGCGCGAUCCAAACGCAGAUUUCGAUAGUUUACCAUUCCCAAUGCCGCAACAGAAGUGCCGUUCCACUGGUGCUCCAUCGGCAAACGGAUGGUCGGAUGGUAAAGCCCAAGUAUCCAUCGAAGACAUUUCGCGACGAGUGUUCGCGAGCGGUACUUCCACUUUCACCCCCAAGGUUCCGGUUGCAAGACCAGAAAUAAGAAAUGCCCCAAGCAAACCCGUUCCACCAAGUGAGCCUGUUAUUUCCCACGCAAAAGGCGCCGAGGAAGGUGGAUUUCGCACGGCACAUGAUGAAUUCCGGAUCCAGAACAUUAAGAAACAUGGACAAACGAGUUUACCCGGGAAGGCCCCUCUCUUCGCUUACGGUCGAAAAUCUCUCGGUGGUCGCCGGACAUUGGGCAGUAAGUUUGUCUGCCCCGUGCGUCCCGAUAAUGAAUCUGCAGUAAGCGUACAACGGACAACGUCAGCGGCGGGGGAUAGUAGGACAUCCAGUGGCGAAAGUCAGGAAGAGGAAGUUGACGAUCGACUGAAAAAUAUCGACCCGAAGAUGGUGGAACUCAUCCGUAGCGAAAUCAUAGGUCGCCUUCAACCCUUGUCUUGGGAUGACAUUGCCGGAUUGUCGUAUGCGAAAACGAUCAUAAAAGAAGCAGUCGUGCUGCCAAUAUUACGGCCGGAUAUAUUCACUGGUUUGCGCAAACCGCCCCGCGGUGUUCUUCUUUUUGGCCCUCCGGGGACGGGCAAAACACUGAUCGGCAAAUGUAUCGCGUCACAGUCCAAGUCCACUUUUUUCAGCAUCAGUGCUUCCUCGCUUACCUCGAAGUGGGUUGGUGAUGGGGAAAAGAUGGUGCGAGCAUUGUUUGCAGUGGCCGCCGUCCAUCAGCCGUCUGUCGUGUUUAUCGACGAGAUUGACUCUUUGCUGUGCCAUCGUUCCGACACGGAACAUGAAAGCUCUCGGCGAUUGAAGACAGAGUUUUUGGUACAACUCGAUGGUGCCGCCACGACCGAAGAUGAGCGUAUUCUCAUCGUUGGUGCUACUAACCGACCGCAGGAGCUGGACGAAGCAGCACGACGUCGGUUGGUUAAACGGUUAUACAUUCCACUCCCGGAUCGUGCCGCAAGGGUGCAGAUUUUAGUACGCCUAUUGCAACAGGAACGGAAUUGCCUGACCAGCGACGAGAUAGACCAAGUUAGUGAACUCACAGAUGGGUUUUCGGGCGCAGAUAUGAAGGUUCUCUGCCACGAAGCAUCGAUGGGACCAAUUCGAUCCAUUCCAUUCGAAGAGCUGGGUGACAUUGCAAAGGAUCAGGUGCGACCCAUUUGCCAUGAUGAUUUCCGGCUAGCACUGACGAAAGUGAAGGCCAGCGUAUCGCAGAACGACUUGAAACAAUACAUUGCUUGGGACCAAACCUACGGAGCUGGAGCAUCAUGA